CUCACUUGGCUGCUGGAGGAGCAGACGGGAUGCUGGUCGGUUCUGCUUCAGCGCCGGCCUCGGGAAGACCUUGUAUUGACAGCCAUUUGGUAAAGUGGAAAUUAAGCAAGUGAAAGCCAUGUUGGAAACAAUCGAUACUCACCGGGCCCUCCAGGCAGUAGAACGCCUGCAAGCAAAGUUACGGGAACGAGGUGAUACCUCAAAUGAAGAGAAGUUGAGUUUACUGAAAUCCGUGUUACAAAGUCCUUUGUUCAAUCAAAUCCUAAAUCUUCAGGCUUCUCUUCCACAGUCAAGGGAUCAGGUAAAUGUUGCACCGUCUGCCUCCUCGUCUGGUGAACUCCUGCAACUUCCCCAUCCUAAUGCUAUUGUGGGUUCUUCACUGCACAAUGAAUCCUAUCUGUUGGCUCAGCAGAAUGGCAACCUUUCUAGUGGGCUAGCAGCAGCUGCACGAUCCAUCACGCCUCAGAUUAAUGGGAAGUCUGCCAGCGAUGAAUUUGAAUUAUUGAUAAGAAAUAUGGCACAGGGGCGCCUUGUUGAGACGAUAGAACUUGUAAAACCCCUAAGUGGUGGCCUAGGGUUUAGUGUCGUUGGCCUGAAGAGUGAAUACAGAGGUGAACUGGGAAUAUUUGUGCAGGAGAUUCAAGAUGGAAGCGUAGCACAAAGAGAUGGAAGGCUGCAGGAAGCAGAUCAAAUUCUUGCUAUUAACAGGCAAGCCCUCGAUCAGACAAUUACACAUCAACAGGCUAUCGGCAUCCUACAGAAAGCAAAAGAGAGUGUCCAGCUGGUUGUGGCUAGGGGCUCUUUGCCUCAGCUUAUCAGCCCCGUAGUUUCUCGGUCUCCAUCAGCUGCUAGCACAAUCUCGGCCCACUCCAAUCCGGUUCAUUGGCAGCACGUGGAGUCUAUUGAGUUGGUGAAUGAUGGAUCGGGUUUGGGAUUUGGGAUAGUGGGUGGAAAAUCAACUGGAGUGAUAGUUAAAACCAUCCUUCCAGGAGGAAUAGCUGACCAGCAUGGUAGGCUUUGCAGUGGAGACCACAUCUUGAAAAUUGGUGAUACAGACCUGGCUGGAAUGAACAGUGAGCAGGUGGCGCAAGUCCUGAGGCAGUGUGGAAACAGAGUGAAGCUGGUUAUCGCCAGAGGUCCAGUGGAGGAGCCUGCACCACCAGCAGUUCCUCCAGGCACCCCGGUGCAAACAUUUGUGAUGGAUAACCAGAGAGAGGAAGAGACGCAAGUCGAAAACAUUGUAGAUGGAAACACAUUUGAUGUGGAACUUACAAAAAACAUCCAAGGAUUAGGAAUAACCAUUGCUGGCUACAUUGGAGACAAAACUUCAGAACCUUCUGGUAUUUUUGUAAAGAGUAUUACGAAAGGCAGUGCAGUUGAGCAUGAUGGUAGAAUCCAUGUUGGAGACCAAAUUAUAGCGGUGGAUGGAACCAAUCUUCAGGGUUUUACCAACCAGCAAGCGGUGGAGGUUCUGCGGCACACUGGCCAAACAGUUGGACUCACAUUGGUCAGAAGAGGCCUUAAGCAGGAAAAUCACAUCCGACCCCAUGAGGACUUCAGUGGUGCUGUUGAAAAGGAUUUAAUUUUCCAACCGAUGGAUAUUGGCACAGGCAAAGAAAGCUGUGAAAGAGAGCAGGAAUCUCCAUUACUCUCAUGCAGUACCAGUGUGGUUCACAUUGGAGAAGAUAUUAGUCCACAACAUUCAGGUUUUCAGCUAACUUCCGCAGAUGAAGAAGUGUCGUUGCAGAACAAAUGGCAAAUGUUUCUGGGACCAAAUUAUGAGGUUGUGGUAGCUCAUGUGGAUAAGUUUAGUGAAAGCAGCGGACUGGGGAUAAGCUUAGAAGCUACAGUGGGACAUCAUUUCAUCCGCUCUGUUUUGCCAGAAGGGCCAGUUGGACGAUGUGGCAAGCUGUUCAGUGGAGAUGAAUUACUAGAAGUAAAUGGAAUAUCUUUGCUUGGAGAAAAUCACAAGGAUGUUGUAAAUAUUUUAAAAGAGCUGCCCAUCAAAGUAACAAUGGUGUGUUGCCGUGCAGCUCCACCUGUUAGUCAGUCGGUAAUGGAGGAGGCUCAGAUGGCAGAACAGGCUCACAUAGACUUCAGUGGACUUCUUGGCUCUUCAGAGACAGACGAUGCUAACUUGGAAAUGGCUAAUAUGGUCCAGAAUACAGAUGAGGUCCAAGGAUCUCCUUUGGCAAUGUGGGAAACAGAAAUACAGCAAAUUGAGCUAGAGAAAGGAAGCAUGGGACUAGGCUUUAGCAUAUUAGAUUACCAGGACCCAGUGGACCCUGCAAAUACAGUGAUUGUGAUCCGUUCUCUAGUUCCUGGGGGAGUUGCUGAGCAAGAUGGUGGGCUCCUCCCAGGAGACAGGCUUAUGUUUGUCAAUGACAUCAACUUGGAAAAUGGUAGCCUGGAGGAAGCUGUGCAAGCCCUGAAAGGAGCACCAAUGGGAACAGUUAGAAUCGGAGUCGCUAAGCCAUUGCCUCUUUCACCAGAAGAGGGCUAUGUUUCUGCUAAGGAAGAUUCCUUCUACACUGCCCAGUCCUUUGAGGAGGAAGGGCUAGCUGAUUCAGCCCUCUUCCAUGCUGAGCUGGCUCUGGUGGACUCAAGUGAGGCAGAUCUAGCGGAGGAAUCCACCUUUGAACCGCCGUAUCCCACAGACAAUGAUGGUACAUUCCAGUCUUCAGUUUCGGCUCUGCAUGGUAGCACCUACACUGAUGAUCUGAAGUAUAAUCUCUCACUACCCUCUUCAACUCCCAAGACUAAUUGCAAAGACAGUUCAAAUGCCUCAGUUAGUUACCGAUUAUCAGACCAAAACCUGUACACCACGGAUCUAAUGCAGAGAGGAACGGAGAGCAAAUCUACUGCAGAGGUUUGUGUGGAACUGCCUGCUCGAUCUUUUCUUGUGAACCCAUCAACACACUCUCCUAAGAAACAAGUUGAGCAUGAAACCACAAGCAUUUGUGGAGAGUCUCGGGUAACAGCCGAAGUCACACACAAUGCAAACUUAACUUCCAGAUUGCCACCUGAUUCUACUGGGAAAGAUCAAAUAUUCUUGAUGGAAAAUAAUAGCCUAACCCAUGCUGGGAGGUGUUCCACAAGCCUAAAUACAAACAAAAACAAAUUUGAGAAGAAUAUUACUAUUGCAAAAGGCAAUUCAAGUUUAGGGAUGACAGUAAGUUCCAAUAAAGAUGGUUCAGGAAUGAUAGUCCGCAGCAUUAUCCAUGGCGGUUCCAUAAGUCGUGAUGGACGAAUUGGUGUAGGGGACUGUAUACUAUCUAUUAACGAAGAACCGACCACUAAUUUAACCAAUGCGCAGGCACGAGCCAUGUUGAGGAGACAUUCUCUUAUUGGACCAGAUAUAAAAUCUUCUCCAGCACCUGCUGAUGAUCAGGCCCCCUUUUAUGUCAUUAGCUACGUGCCAGCAGAGCAAUUAGAAGAGUACCAGGCCACUUUAGGGCAGCAGCCAGAAGGAACAAUGCCAUUAGAUGUUUUCCCUUCGCAUGCUGUGAGAGAAAUUCCAGAACUACCAGAACGUGAAGAAGGGGAAGGAGAAGAAAGUGAACUUCAGAAUGCUGGCUACAAUAACUGGAACCAACCAAGAAGGGUUGAGCUCUGGAGAGAGCCUAGCAAGUCCCUGGGAAUCAGCAUUGUUGGUGGACGGGGAAUGGGAAGCCGUCUGAGCAGCGGUGAAGUCAUGAGAGGAAUCUUUAUCAAGCAUAUUCUGGAAGACAGCCCUGCUGGCAAAAACGGGACAUUAAAAACAGGAGAUAGAAUAGUGGAGGUGGAUGGAAUUAACCUCAGAGAUGCGAGUCAUGAACAAGCUGUGGAAGCCAUACGGAGAGCAGGCAACCCAGUAGUCUUUAUGGUACAAAGCAUUAUAACCAGACCAAGGCCAGAAUCUCUGUAUAGCUCUUUAUCGUCCUCUGCUCCCAGUGGGCAGAAACCUAAUAAUCCAUUUUACCAUCAGUCGUCACAGAACCUUCCUAUGCCUUACCUGCAGUACAACCCUUUCAGUAAGCCUCCUACCUUCAGCAGCACUAACCCUUUUGUUGAUCCUCUACAGUUCAACACUAACAAGGAUGUGCAGAAUCCAAUUAGAUUUACUUCCAGUUGCUCCCCAUGUAACCCCUUUGCUCCUACACCGUUUAAGGCAUCCAGUCAAUCAGAUUCAGAGCCAGAAAAGACUUCAUCUUGCAACUUGCCUCUGCCUCCUCCUUCAGUAUCUCCAGGAAUGAGCACUGAUGUUGGGCAGCUGUCCGGCAACAAACACCUGGAAGAUUUGGAUAAGGAAGAUGAGUUUGGAUACAGCUGGAAAAAGAUCAUUCACCGGUACGGGAAUCUGUCAGGAGAUCUGCACAUGAUAGAGCUGGAAAAAGGGAAAGCUGGUUUAGGACUCAGCCUAGCUGGGAACAAAGACCGAUCUAAGAUGAGUGUUUUUGUUGUGGGAAUUGAUCCAAAUGGAGCAGCUGGAAAAGAUGGCAGGCUGCAGAUUGCAGACGAGUUACUGGAAAUAAAUGGGCAAGUUCUUUAUGGAAGGACUCACCAGAAUGCAUCUUCAAUCAUCAAAUGUGCACCUUCUAAAGUAAAAAUAAUAUCUAUCAGAAACAAAGAUGCUGUCCAUCAGAUGGCCGUUAGUCCUGGUAAAUCAGUAGAGACUUCACCUUCCUCUUCUGGGACACUUCAACAUGAUGAGGAUGAAGUGAAUCUGUCAAGCUCUGUUUUGCCUAUAGAUUUUAGUUUCUACAAGAAUAUUCAAAAUGUGGAACUACCUAAGGAUCAAGGCGGCAUAGGUAUUGCUAUCGGUGAAGAGGACACACUUAAUGGUGUGGUUAUUCAAAGUAUAACAGAGCAUGGUGCAGCAGGAAAGGACGGUCGAAUUAAGGUUGGAGAUCAAAUUCUAGCAGUCGAUGAUGAAGUUGUUAUGGGAUAUCCUAUAGAAAAGUUUAUCAGUUUGCUGAAGACAUCAAAGCCCACUGUGAAGCUCACAAUCAAUUCAGUGGAACAGGAAAGCCAGACGGCUGUUCAGUUACAAACACCUCUUUUCAGCGCUACUUCGGGCGAGAGAACUCAUAUCCAACAAUCAGUUGUGCCACCUUCUGAAUCGCCAGAACCGGAGUCAGUUAAAAACACAAGCAGGUCCUCAACUCCAGCCACGUUGGUCUCUGACCCAGCUACCUGCCCAAUCAUCCCAGGUUGUGAAACUACAAUCGAUAUCUCUAAGGGACGUACUGGUCUUGGCUUAAGCAUUGUAGGAGGAGCUGACACUUUGCUGGGAGCAAUUAUUAUUCAUGAAGUGUAUGAAGAAGGAGCAGCAUCCAAAGAUGGAAGGCUCUGGGCUGGUGAUCAGAUCUUAGAGGUGAAUGGAAUUGACCUAAGGAGUGCAACACACGAUGAAGCCAUAAACGUUCUCAGACAGACACCUCAAAAAGUCCGCCUCACUGUUUAUAGGGACGAAGCCCAGUAUAAGGAAGAAGAUAUGUAUGACGUACUCAGUAUAGAGUUACAAAAGAAGCCAGGCAAAGGCCUUGGAUUGAGUAUUGUUGGGAAAAGAAAUGAUACUGGAGUGUUCGUGUCAGACAUUGUCAAAGGAGGUAUAGCAGAUCUGGAUGGGAGACUGAUGCAAGGAGACCAGAUAUUAAUGGUGAACGGCGAGGAUGUUCGGAAUGCUAACCAGGAGGCCGUGGCCGCUUUAUUGAAGUGCUCAUUAGGUACAGUCAGACUAGAAGUUGGAAGAAUAAAGGCAGGCCCAUUCCAUUCGGAGAGGAGAACGUCUCAGAGCAGCCAGGUCAGCGAGGGAAGCAGCAGCCUGUCAUCGUUCAGUUUCCCAGGUUCUGGAUCCAACCCACCUGAAAGUUAUGAAAACACCCUGAAGAAGAAUUCCUUGGCAUCUGAAAUACAAGGAUUAAGAACAGUUGAAAUCAAAAAGGGCCCUUCGGAUUCCUUGGGAGUUAGUAUUGCUGGAGGAGUAGGAAGCCCUCUUGGAGAUGUUCCCAUUUUUAUAGCUAUGAUGCAUCCAAACGGAGUUGCAGCACAAACUCAGAAACUGAGGGUUGGGGACAGGAUUGUUAGCAUUUGUGGAACAUCUACUGAAGGCAUGACUCAUUCCCAGGCUGUCAGUUUGCUAAAGAAUGCUUUGGGCACUAUUGAAAUACAGGUUGUAGCUGGUGGAGAUGUCAGUGUCAUAACUAGCCAACAGCAGGACCCCCCAACUUCUAGUCUUUCGUUUGCAGGACUAACUUCAAGCAGCAUCUUUCAGGAUGAUUUGGGACCUCCGCAGUAUAAAACCAUCACUCUGGAUCGAGGCCCUGAUGGCUUGGGCUUCAGCAUUGUAGGCGGCUACGGAAGCCCUCACGGAGAUCUGCCCAUUUAUGUUAAGACGGUAUUUGCAAAAGGAGCAGCGGCAGAAGACGGACGCUUGAAGCGAGGGGAUCAGAUCAUUGCUGUCAAUGGGCAGAGCUUGGAAGGAGUCACUCAUGAAGAAGCUGUAGCUAUUCUAAAAAGGACAAAAGGAACAGUCACGUUGACUGUUCUCUCUUGAACCCUUUGCCCAAAGAGGUCAGCACAAUGACUCUGUCCACAUUCCACGUAGCCAAGAGAAUGGAAAUGUUUAUGUAGCUCUCUUGCUAUUACAGCUGCCUGGACGUUUUACAUCAUGGGUGAAAAAAUAACAAAUGAUCUUAUUUUUAUACACAGUAGAAACAUUGUCUUGCCGUUAAAUUGCAGAGAUUGACUUCUGUAGCGUAGGACAGUGACGGGAGAUCUUGAGAGCAGCAGUGAUAACAACUGCAGUAGAAAAAAGGAACAGAACGAAAGGGUGGAAAUAUAAAGGAUGUUUUGGUAAUGUGGAGGCACAUGGUCUGUGAUGGUUGAGGGAUUUCUGCUCUGCGUAAUCUGAAAAAUGCGUAAUUUUGGGGUUUGGCAAAAUUAACUUUCUAAAUGUGAGGUAGCCAAUUUUGACUUAACAGAAGAAGCUCUCAAAAGGCAUGAAUUGAUCAGAAUGAUUAAAUUAAACUAGUGUUGUUAAUAAUCAUGGGCCCAACAAGAGGCAAGCUCCUUUCUGUAUUACUAUGGGAACAACACUAAAAAGAGAGAGAGAGCCUAUUACAGGGUGGACAUUCAUGAGAACCAUAAAACCGGAUGGGACUUCCUGUUCUUUAUUUUUAUUAACUAGUAGCAAAAUGCCCAUCAUUGGAUGGGAUACCUGUGCACGUAAUGCCUGUGUAUUUCGGAGAUCCCAGGAAUACGGUGCAUUGCUUCUCCCUUACCUGUGGGAUCCCUGGCAGUGAUGGCUAGUCCACUCAGGUACAGAGCAGACUUACCACAACAAGCAUCUCUCUCU